AUGUAUGGUCCCAGAGGAACCAACCUCUCCGAAAGUCAAUGUGGUUACAGAGGAACUAACCUCACUAAAGUUCUAUGUGGUCCCAGAGGAACCAACCUACACGAAUGUCAAUGUGGUUACAGAGGAACUAACCUCACUGAAGUUCUAUGUGGUCCCAGAGGAACCAACCUACACGAAAGUCAAUGUGGUUACAGAGGAACUAACCUCACUGAAGUUCUAUGUGGUCCCAGAGGAACCAACCUACCGAAAGUCAAUGUGGUUACAGAGGAACUAACCUCACUGAAGUUUUAUAUGGUCCCAGAGGAACCAACCUCCACGAAUGUCAAUGUGGUUACAGAGGAACUAACCUCACUGAAGUUCUAUGUGGUCCCAGAGGAACCAACCUACACGAAAGUCAAUGUGGUUACAGAGGAACUAACCUCACUGAAAUUCUAUGUGGUCCCAGAGGAACCAACCUCCCUGAAAUGUCAAUGUGUUUACAGAGAACUAACCUCACUGAAGUUCUAUGUGGUCCCAGAGGAACCAACCUACACGAAAGUCGUUACAGAGGGACAACUUCACAAUUUCUAUGUGGUCCCAGAGGAACCAACCUCCCGAAUGUCAAUGGUUACAGAGGAACUAACCUCACUGAAGUUCUAUGUGGUCCCAGAGGAACCAACCUCCCCGAAAGUCAAUGUGCUUACAGAGGAACUAACCUCACUGAAGUUCUAUGUGGUCCCAGAGGAACCAACCUCCCCGAAUGUCAAUGUGCUUACAGAGGAACUAACCUCACUGAAGUUCUAUGUGGUCCCAGGUCCCAGAAAGAAACAGAGGAACCAACCUCACGAAAAUGGUCCCAGAGAGGAACCAACCUCACGAAUAGGAACCAACCUCCACGAAAGUCAAUGUGGUUACAGAGGAACUAACCUCACUGAAGUUCUAUGUGGUCCCAGAGGAACCAAAUCCCUGAAAGUCAAUGUGGUUACAGAGGAACUAACCUCACUGAAGUUCUAUGUGGUCCCAGAGGAACCCAACCUACACGAAUGUCAAUGUGGUUACAGAGGAACUAACCUCACUGAAAGUUCUAUGCGGGUCCCAGAGGAACCAACCCCCGAAAGUCAAUGUGGUUACAGAGGAACUAACCUCACUGAAGUUCUAUGUCCCAGAUGGGUCCUGAAAAGAGUGAACCAACCCACAACUUCACUGAAUGUGGUCCCCUACACGAGAAAGUCAAUGUGGUUACAGAGGAACUAA